UUCUUGCAAGAUUUUAUUAGUCGCAUCAUGUCUUUUAAUAAUAAUUUACAAAAUUCUGUACCUACCUCUAAUGCAUUUUCUCGUCCCGACGAGAAUUUUGUAAUUGAAUUGAGUACUAAUUCCAAUAAUGAAACCAACACUGAAGAACAAUUUUUCAAGCAUGAUAAAAACGCACAUCCCAUCUGA